AUGAGGGUCCAUUCUGGUGAAAAGCCAUAUUCAUGUAAACAUUGUUCCAAGGCAUUCACUCAAUCAUCAGAUUUAAGGAAGCAUAUGAGGGUCCAUUCUGGUGAAAAGCCAUAUUCAUGUGAACAUUGUUCCAAGGCAUUCACUCAAUCAUCAAGUUUAAGGACGCAUAUGAGGGUCCAUUCUGGUGAAAAGCCAUAUUCAUGUGAACAUUGUUCCAAGGCAUUCACUCAAUCAUCAAGUUUAAGGAUGCAUAUGAGAGUCCAUUCUGGUGAAAAGCCAUAUACAUGUGAACAUUGUUCCAAGGCAUUCACUCAAUCAUCAGGUUUAAGGACGCAUAUGAGGGUCCAUUCUGGUGAAAAGCCAUAUUCAUGUGAGCAUUGUUCUAAGGCAUACACUCUUACCUCAAGUUUAAGGAGACAUAUGAGUGUCCAUUCUGGUGAAAAGCCUUAUUCAUGUGAACAUUGUUCUAAGGCAUUCACUCAAUCUUCAUUUUUACGGAGACAUAUGAGUGUCCAUUCUGGUGAAAAGCCUCAUUCCUGUGACUACUGUUCUAAAGCAUUUUCUUGUGGUUCAAGCUUAAAGAAACAUUUGAGAACCCAUACUGGUGAAAAGCCAUAUUCAUGUGACCAUUGUUCUAAAUCGUUUUCUUGUGGUUCAACCUUGACGAUUCAUUUGAGAACCCAUACUGGGGAAAAGCCCUAUUCGUGCGGCCAUUGUUCGAAGACAUUUUCUUGUUGUUCAAACUUUUACACGCAUUUAAGAACCCAUACUGGUGAAAGGCCGAAUUCGUGUGAGUAUUGUCCAAAGGCAUUUAUUUCUGCUUCACACUUGAGUGCACACAUGAAAAUCCAUUCUGGUGAGAAGCGAUUUUCGUGCGAAUAUUGCUCUAAGGCGUUCAUUGGACUUUCAAGUUUGACGGAACAUAUGCGAGUCCAUACUGGUGAAAAACCGUACACUUGUGAAUGCUGCACGAAGACAUUUUCUCGAAAUGCAAGCUUGAAGAGGCAUUUGAUGAGAGUUCACACGGACGAGAAGACAGAUUCAUGUGCAUAA